AUACAUAAAUACUUUGUUCUAUAUUGUAGUUCUAACCAAAAUGGUCGUCUUGAGUAGACUCUUGUUUGUAAGAAAUCAAAAGAUCUCUCAUAGAAAUGGAUUAUUAAAUAAAUUAAUAGAAAAAAAUAAUAAUAAUUAUACAUUUCAAAAUCAAGGGGCAUUAAGAUGGAUGUCAGAACAUCGAACUAUGGAAAUAACUGCAAGUCGUUGGCAGUGGCAUAAAACUAAAGAUUGGAUGCAUUUUUAUUUCUUUGUAGGUGCUAUACCUGCUGGUUUAAUUAUUUUUUUUACCAAUAUUUUUAUAGGUCCUGCACAAUUAGAACCAAUUCCAGAUGGAUAUAUUCCAAAACAAUGGGAAUAUCAUAGGCAUCCUAUUUCAAGAUUUUUAUCCAAAUACUUUUUUCCAAAUGAGCAAAUGGAAUAUGAAAAACUUCUUCAUAAAUUAACAGUGGCUAACAACAAGCGAUUAAUAUUUAAAUUAGAAAAACAAAUAUUUGAUUUACAAAAGAAACAUAAUGAUUAUAAAUAUUGGUCAUAUAAAGAAGGUACAGCAUCACAGAUAAUAGAACUAAGAAGAAAAAUUGAUGAAGAACAUAAUCCUACUGUAGUGAAAGAUAUAUAAGUUUGAUCCUAAUAU